UAUUAGUUAAGCCGUUACUAAUUCUAAUUUGAUUAAAAAGAAAAGAAAAAAACAAAAGAUCAGAACACAUGUUACACUCUCUACACAAGUUUUCUCUGUUCAUGGCAUCCAAACCUCAACGGCUCCAUCAAGUUGCAGAGACCAACUUUCAGGGCUCAGCAAAGAGGGUAAGAACCAUGGUCACAUCCACAGCCAUUGAACCCGCCAUGAAGGACGCUUUUACCGGAUAUGCUGAAUAUCUUAAUGACCUUAAUGACAAACGGGAAAGAGUGGUCAAAGCAAGUCGAGAUAUAACAAUGAAUAGCAAAAAAGUCAUAUUUCAAGUGCACAGGAUGAGUAAAUUCAAUAAAGUGGAAGUACUUGAGAAAGCUGAAAAGGAUUUGGCAGCUGUGACAGAUCAGUAUGUUUCACGACUAGUCAAAGAAUUGCAGGGAACUGAUUUUUGGAAGCUAAGGCGUGCAUACUCACCAGGGAUACAGGAGUAUGUUGAAGCAGCUACGUUCUGUUGUUUCUGCAAAAAUGGAACGCUUUUGGAGCUUGACGAGAUAAACAAAACAUUGCUACCACUUAAUGAUCCAUCUCUACAUCCUAUGCAGAUAAAUGUCCUUGAUUAUCUAUUAGGGCUUGCAGAUUUGACUGGAGAGCUGAUGCGUUUAGCAAUUGGUAGGAUAUCAGAUGGUGAACUUGAAUUUGCUGAGAAGAUAUGCAAAUUUGUGCGUGAUAUAUACAGGGAGCUUACUCUUGUAGCGCCACUUAUGGAUGACAAUUCUGACAUGAAAACAAAGAUGGAUGUAAUGCUCCAAAGUGUCAUGAAAAUAGAGAAUGCAUCCUUGGCCUUGAAUAGAAUUCCACAACUAUGCCAUGAUCAUGGAGUCUUCUUCGUCCCAUGAUUUGAACUUGGCCGUUUCAUCAGGGGCAUUGUCAGUAAGGUGACUGCCCUUUCCUUUUCCCUUCAAUAUGGUCCUAAUGAGUUGAGACCAUUUAAGAUAAUACUUCCCAGUUAGCUGGUAAGCAGAACGAAUAUUCUGCAAUUCUCUAACACUCUGGGAUUUUUCCGUUUCAAGAAUGGACUUCUCAGUCUCAGCCAUGGAUGAAGACUGCGAUAAGAGAGGAAGACAACAAUGAAGGCUGUAAGGCUAGCAGUGAUGAAGGCUACAGUGCAUAAUCGAGGCAACGACGGGUCAAGGUUGUGUAGUAGUGGUGGCCGUGAUUAAGGGUUUUAGGCUACAGUCAAAGGCUUCUAGGAUCAGGAGCUUUAAUACCAUCUCAAAUUAAGAAGGAAGAAUAUUUUAUUUCUCAUACAGAAUUAUGAGGUCAUUGGACCUAUAUGUACACGAGCCUGUUGGUUGUUAUGGAAAUAUUAAUCAGCUAAUUCUAGGGAGAUAAAUCCUAAUAAUUAUGGGAUUUAUUCUAGAAAUAUAAUCCUAGCAUUAACAAAUAAUCAGUUGUGAUAGAGAAUAAAAUUUAAACUUUCCUAAAAUACAUUAAGUAUCAAUUUUGAUAAUUUCAAAAGUAAAAGGAUUGAAGAGACACAACAAUUGUUCUUGAACCGUAUCAUAGGUUUCACAAUAAUACUUGACAGAAUUUUAGUAGAAAUGGCUUCAAGGUUUGGGGGAAGUCUAACAAGAGCACGUACCAUGGAAAAUUGCUUUAUUUGUAAAAUGUUUCUGCACCAGUAGUGAAAGGCAUAAGAGUAGAAUAUUAUGCAAUUAGGUCACCAAGCUUUGCAGGAUUUUGCAUGUCUAUGUUCUUCAACUUGAUGAGCAUCGUUUGAAUAAAUUUUCUUGGCCAUACAUCAUAGCAAGUCAUAAACACCCAGUAGAUUGGGGGCAAGAGAGAAAUAGAGGAUACCAGAAAGAUGCUUUAAUUUGCUACCAACGAGGUUGCUCAGCUUUGACAAAUAUUGGAGGUUGGAAUUGUCAAAUGAUGAGCCCGACUUAUCCUUGAAACCAUAAUUGGACAACAGCAACCAAAGUGCUGUAAUUUGCUAUCCCUAUGAGCUUUUCGCAUGGGAUCAUUCGUUAUGUUGGUGAAAGUUACGGGAAUAACUUACUCCAAUUCCAAUUUUUAUUGGAUAGAGUUGAUCUAGCUGAAGCUAUCUCCUAGGCAGAGAGAAUAUAAAAAGAAAGUAUAGAGAGAUGGUGAGUUUUUGAAAAUGAAUAAUUAAAAAGUUAAAAUUUUAAUUUUUAUAUUUAACAUAACUUAGAAUUUUAAUCUUAAUUUUUUUAAACCAUCCUUCCUGAAUUAGAAAAACCGGAUUUUACAAUGUGAUGACACUAUUUACAUAAACAGCAAACCGUUGCCACUGAAUAUAAAAUGUUGAUUAUACAGUAUUUUCAUUCAUAUUGAAAACCCAAUAUAAGAUAGCCUUUUCUCCCCCUUCCCACCCAAAGUGUGAGAAAAUUGUUAAGAUCUUCUGUAUACAACUUUUGCUCCAAACUCGCUGACAUAU